AUGAAGUUCAACACUCUCCUCACCGCCCUCACCGGCGCUGCCGUUGUCACGGCCCAGAUCAACUUCAUCCCCGUCGCCAACAAGAUCGUCGGCCACUUCACCAGAGUCAGCAAGUACGCCGUCAACAACAUCGUCAUCCCCACCCCCGGCGCCCUCGAGCCCGUCGCGACCAGGGGAAUCGGGCCCGAGAAAAAGGACGAUGAAGACAAAGAAGAGGCCAUCCGCACCUCCGUCUUCCACGUCACAGCGGACAACGCCGACGACCCCUUGGGAGAACCCAGCAUCGGGCCCCUCGAGAAGGGUCCAUCCGACCCUCUCUCAGAUCUCAACCUCAUGAACAUCGGCGAGCGCUCCUUCGAUGGCCGCCACAGAAUCCCUCUGCUCGACAAGAUCACGGAUAAUUUCAGACAUAAUCCGGAGCCCAAGUCCGAACCUAAGUCCUCGCACAAGCCUGAGUCCACGCACAAGCCCCAAUGGAUCGGCAUCGGCACUCAUACCACGCUUUGGAUCCCAAACACCCAGAUCGCGACUGGAAUCCGCAAAAUCCCCCUCGGCCCUCGCGAAACCUUUGCUGCCUCGGCCGAGACGGCCGAGUCCACUGCACUGCAGCCGGAGGUCACCGCUGUUCCCGUGUUGCCUCUCGGCUAUCACCCGCACUCGGGGCAAGUACACCGGUGA